AUUCCUUGCUUCCAUCCCCUGCCGUCUUCCCCGCAUCCUCACGCCGCCGCCUCCACCUCCCGCCCACUCCUUCGCCUCGCCGGAUCUCGCCUCCGCCGCCUCCCAACUCCCCCUCCUCCGCCGGAUCUCCCACGCACCCAACCCCUCCGCCCCGGAUCUCUCCCGCCGUCGCCUCCCCCUCCUCCUCCGGCUCCCCACCGCCACUCGGACGCAUAUAGGGAGAGAAUCCGUAUGAGUUGGUUGUGCUAUGGAAAGGGGAAAAAGCUGCGCAGCAAGAAAUUAUGGGCAAAGUUAACAACAGAUGAAACAGUAUAUGCUUUCAGUCCUGACUCCUGACUCCUGAGUGGAUUUAGGAACUUCAGCUACAGUAAGAAGGUGGCACAGCUUUCAUGGAUAAGCCUGGAGGCAAUCAGGGAGGCAAGUUACUGAAGAAAGGGAAAAAGAAACACGCAAAGGAUGAGUUGGAUCGCCAAAAACAGGCUGAGAAGAAAAGGCGCCGGCUAGAGAAAGCACUUGCAAACUCGGCUGCUAUUAUCUCAGAACUGGAGAAGAAGCGGCAGCAGAAAAAGGAAGAGCAACAGAGGCUAGAUGAUGAAGGUGCUGCAAUAGCUGAAGCAGUUGCUCUUCAUGUUCUCAUAGACGAAGACUCCGAGGAACCCUGCCAUUUGAUGUUGGACAACCUUAGAAUAUGCAACCACUGGGAGGAUUUUGUGGGCUUUGGGUUUGCUCCAGGUUCACAAGGGGUAGGUGCUUAUCCUUCUGGUAGACCAACAAGUGUCUCUCAUGCUUAUGUUCCCCAAUUGAGAUGGACCAAUUGGGGCAUGUCCCAGACAUUUUCAUCAUGGGAGCAAUUGACGGAUUGUGAAGCACCACUCUAUCAAGAAGCACCUCCUCAGUCAGAUAUCCACCCUGGCCCUAUAGCUGUUGUCUCAUCAUUUCAGAAGAGGAAGGACGAUACAUUUGCCAUCCACGGAGAAGCAGCAGCAGCAUCUUCCGCCACUGAAAGUGGUCAGUGGAACCAACAAUAGGCUGAACUGAACAGAAAUACCACAGAGGAUAAAUAUAUACACCAAAACGCAUAAUCUGUAUGUAGUCACCCAAGGUGCAUAUUUUUCAUCUGCGUGAUAGUUUUUUUUUUUUGUUGUUGUUUCUUUAGAAAUGAAAGUUGCUAUAGGAAAGUCAUUUUACUGUUGCAUGUUAAGAGUUUAAAGACAAUAAUGUUUGGUAUCAGUCCCUUAAUUAUAUAGGACUUGUAAUAGGCGCUGUUUGC